GUCUUUGUAUACAUGUAUCAUGUGGAUUUGUGUAUGCAUGCAUUGACGUUAGGGAAUGUGUCGACUGCGGUUGAUGAAAGCUUCUACGCGCGGUUGUUUUUGUGAAUGUGUGUUUAAAGUUCACUCGGUAUGUUUGACUGAGGUUUGUUGUGUUUUCGGUUUUUUUUAUUUAUGAAUGACAUGGCGUCCGUAAAAGUUGCGGUCCGGGUGCGACCAUUCAAUCAAAGGGAACGGGACAUGGGAGCAAAACUCGUUAUUCAGAUGGAGGGAAAGAAGACACGAAUACUCAACGCUAAGGCCGAGGAGCGGGGGCGCGACGACUACAAGGACUUCACCUUCGACCACUCGUACUGGUCGUUCGACAGCGCCGACCCGCACUUCGCCUCGCAGGAGGACGUGUUCGGCGACCUGGGUACCGACGUGGUGGACAGCGCCUUCCAGGGCUACAACGCCUGCGUGUUCGCCUACGGCCAGACGGGCAGCGGCAAGACCUUUACCAUGAUGGGCGCGGCGGGCUGCCAGGGCCUCAUCCCCAGGAUCUGCCAGGCCCUGUUCGGACGCAUGCAGACGGGCAAGGAGCAGGGUGCCAGCUACCGCACGGAAGUGUCUUACCUGGAGAUCUACAACGAGAAAGUCAAGGACCUGCUGGGGCGUGGCUCUGCAGGCGGAGGGCCUCGGGCGCACAGCCUCAGGGUGCGUGAACACCCCAGGCUGGGGCCAUACGUGCAGGACCUCUCCCGACAUCUCGUCACCGACUACCAGGACAUAGCGGAGCUGAUGGAGCAAGGCAACGACCAGCGGACGACGGCUUCCACCAACAUGAACGACGUGAGCUCCCGCUCCCACGCCAUCUUCACCAUCACGUUCGUGCAGGCGGGCUUCUCCAACGACCUGCCCACCGAGACCGUGUCCAAGAUCCACCUGGUGGAUCUCGCUGGCAGCGAGCGGGCGGACACGAGCGGCGCGACGGGCCAGCGGCUCAUGGAGGGCGCGCACAUCAACAAGUCCCUGGUGACGCUGGGCUCGGUGAUAUCGGCGCUGGCUGAGCUGUCCAGUGCGACCCGGGGCCAGCGCCUGGUGUUCAUCCCGUACCGCGACUCUGUGCUCACCUGGCUGCUCAAGGACAGUCUGGGGGGCAACGCCAAGACCAUCAUGAUAGCAGCGGUGUCGCCGGCAGACUGCAACUACAGCGAGACGAUGAGCACGCUGCGCUACGCCAACCGAGCCAAGAACAUCAUCAACAAGCCGACUGUCAACGAGGACCAGAACGUGAAGCUGAUCCGGGAGCUGCGCGAGGAGAUCAACAAGCUGCGCGCCAUGAUCAACAACGAACAUAGGGAGGGCGUCUGCCAGCCCCAGGUGCUGGCUCAGCUGCACCAGAAGGAGGCCCAGGAGAAGGUUCUGACGGAGGAGUGGGCGGAGAAGUGGCGCGAGACCCAGAAGAUCCUGCAGGAGCAGAAGGCACUGGCCUUGCGCAAGUCGGGCCAGGGCGUGGUGCUGGAUAGCGACAUGCCGCACCUCGUCAGCAUAGACGACGACCUGCUUAGCACCGGCAUCACCCUCUACCACCUCAAGGAAGGAGACACUCUGAUCGGCACGGACGAGGCGAGCACGAAGCAGGACAUCGUGCUGAACCGAGCCGGCAUGGAGCCGGAGCACUGCAUCAUCACCCUGCAGGAGGGAGUGGCGACGCUGGUGCCGCUGCGUGACGCACAGUGCUGGGUCAACACGGUGCUCAUCGAAAAGCCCACCCGGUUGUCGCAAGGCUGCAUCAUCCUGCUGGGCCGCUGCAGCAUGUUCCGCUACAAUGACCCAGCUGAGGCUGCACAGCUCAGGAAGGGGGGCAGCCACUCGCAGCUUAACCUGUCGCGGCUCAGCCUGCUGAGCUGGUCCACCACCGAUCUGGCCUGGUCCACCGAGAACCUUCUGAAGGCCGCUGAGGACGCAGAUCGGCUCGAUGACCUGGCUCAGAUGAGGGUUUCUCUGCGCAAGGAACAGGAAGCCUUUAAGAGAGAGCAGGCGGAGAAAGAGGAGGGCUGGGAGAAGGAGCAGCAGAUGCGUAUGGAGGCUCUGGAGACUGCUCAGCGCGAGCUGGAGAAGGAGAAGCGGCAGAUGGAGCAGCAGUUCGCGGCGCAGUGCAGCCGCCUGGCCGAGGACUGGAAGCUGCUGGAGAAGCACCAGCAGGACAGCCUGGCCGUGCUUCACGCUCGCGAGGAGGAGUUGCGCCAGCGCCAGGAGUCCCUGCUGUGGGAGCGCAACGAGGAGAUGGCCCAGAUAAGUUCAGAACACAUGAGACUUGCAGCCUUGAAAAACAGACUUGAAAUAAAGAAGCGGAACUUUAUUCAGUUCAUGUCAGGCAAGUUGCGGCAAAUGAAGCUCCAGAGGCGGCGGAGCAGAGAUUACACCCAGACGCUCGCGAGCGGAGAUGACUGGAACAACUGCGACUCCAGUCCGGACACUUGGGCGAGCCCCGCCACAGAAACUGACGUGGCCGGCCUGCAGGCUGUGAAGGAGCUGGCCAGGAGCCACAGAGAAGAGAUGGCAGAGCUGGAGUCUGAGCUGCAGGAGCGAGUCGACUCUGUGUCUCUGCAUCGGCAGAAUGUCAACAAGCUGGACCAGGAGCUGGAGGACAUACACUCCUUCCUGCAGGCUGAUGCGGCCAAACUAGAAGCUAUGAGGAAAACCCUUUCAUCAAGAACACAGGAACAGUUGCAGAAAAUAGCAGAAAGAAAACAGUCCCUGUCCCUGGACCUGAGGGCCGCGGUGCCGAGCGACGACCCGAGCACCGGGGACGCCUCCUCGGAGCUGCCGGAGGGGCAGGAGCUGACUACCGUCACCCUGUCCAGCACGCCAGGCACCGGGGAUACCUUCCACACGGCCACCUCCCCCGGCGCCCCGGCUGCAGGAGAGGCCUCCCACACAGCCGCGUCUCCGGACGACCCACUCGGGGACGGAGACCUGGUCACCGGAGACACCUCCGCGUACGACGGAGCCCCCGUCGCGGCAGACGCCUCCCCAGUUGUCGCAGCCCCGGUCGCGGCAGACGCCUCCCCAGUUGUCGCAGCCCCGGUCGCGGCAGACGCCUCCCCAGUUGUCGCAGCCCCGGUCGCGGCAGACGCCUCCCCAGUCGCCGGCAGCAGCGACGGACCCGUGGAGGUCCCUUCCCCGGCGUACACGCCCAUGCAAUACGUGCCGCGGGUGCGCCGGCCGCCUGCCGCCAUCAUCAGGAAGUACCCGCUGAUCAGGACGGACAGCCUGCCGGAGAACGUGAAGUGUGUGGGGGAUGCGAUGCGGGCCAUGAAGCAGCUCUUCCAGCGCAUCGCUGACCAGAAGAUGCUGAUAAUGCACAGCCUGGAGAACGAUUGUGACAAGACUAUAGUCAAUGCCCAGAUCGCUUUAUUGCAGGACCUCCAGAAGCAGUACGUGCGGCUCGAGAGAGCACUGGAGCAUCAUCCCCUGAAGCUGUCAGAGGUGGACGGCAAUGAAAGCAGCGAAGACUCUGACGAUGUGUCGACUUCUGUGGACGACGGGGCUUCAGAUAUUCUCCCAAAGCUAGAUCAUAAGUUCUCCCAGCACAGCUUCGACCCAGACAGGAGGUACAUUGAGAUGGCAGCGGCUUUAUCACCAUUCUCCCCACUUACUCCAGCAGAAUCCUGUGUAGAUAGCGAAAGUGCAAUUUUUUGCAAUGUGAGUCUUUCAUCUCCUCAGCGCGACAAGUCCGGCAUAUGGAUCCACAUACCCAGCUACGUGCUGCGCGGCACGGGCUCGUCCACCCACUACGAGUACGAGGUUCACGUGAGCGUCGGGGGAGACCGCUGGACGCUCAUGAGGCGCUACAAGAGGUUCCGCGAGCUCCAUCUGUCCAUGGUCGACAAGUACGGCAGGCUGGUAGUGCAGGAAAUGCAGUGGUCGUAAACAUGGCGGAGAAUUGGGGGGGGGCCUCUCACUCUCCUGUAGUAAACAGAGAAGAACCAAGGGUCAACACCAGUACUGUAUUUUGUACACCCCUAUAAGCUGAGACACGGAAUACCAAGACAUCACUUGCAUCCAUGGAACUCUACUGAAGACAGCAACAUGGUGUGACCCUUAUUCAAGGGCGACCUUUAUGGUGAAAAUGUUAACUUCUUAUGCCAAAAAUUAAAGGUGCGAUCAAUAUGCAGAAGCGACCCUUCUGCAUGUAAAUAGGGUAUGAAUUUUUUUGUGUUUUAACCUUGGUUUUAUGUACCCUUUGAGUUAUAAUUACUCAUAAUAAAAAUUCAUUUUGACAAAAACAAUGGUCAUUUUUCAAGGGUUUUUUUUUUUUUUCCCCCUCUCUCUCCUCCCCAAAAUCCUUCUCUUGGGACAUUGUACCAUGGUACUGCUACAAUAGAUAUUUUUCUCCUAAAUCUACCUUAAACAUUACCGUUUUUUCUCGCAUAAUCGUCGCACAUUUUAUACUAAAAUCAAGUUUGAAAAGUAGGGGUGCAACAUUUAUAUGAAAAAAGCAUUUUUUGCUAGGUAAAGUUAUUUAUAAAAACAAAACCUAUUCAAGGAAAGUACAUUCUUUUAAAAAGUAGAAGAUUUAUACAAAAGCACGCCAAACAAUUUAAAUUAAUAGGUCAUGCAACAAAAACAUUUUGUUCAACUUUAAAUAGAAAAAAAACCAAAACUGUGACACGGACAUGAGUCGGAGCAAAUAACUGUCUUCGUAGUACACACCACGAGAAAGUGUGGGCUAUCAAAUGUAGUUACCUCGGCACUAGACAGAGCGCACACAUUGCAUGCAAUCAAUGAACUUUCUGUAUCAAUAUUCGACUAUGUGCGCGUGCUCUAUACGGGAAUCAAUAUAACCAAACAUGAAUGAUUCCAACUAGCGCUGGCUACAUUUAUAUAAGCGGUACACAGCGGCGACAAAGACGAAAAUAUAAAUGUUACAAUGUUUGAAAACCCCUUUAAAAGAAAAUUUACACAUCAGACAACUUCGUAUUUCUGUUAAUUAAAUAAUUAAGCAGUAAUAUCUGAAUGAAUAUUAGAUUUCAACUUUAAAAUACAUACAUUGUUUUAUAUGGGAAACUUCCUACACAAAGUGCUCAGAAUCUAAAUAAUCAUGCGACGUUUAUGCGAGAAAUAUUUUUCUCCAAAUUUUGAUGUCCUAAAAUAAAGGUGCAACAUUUAAGCAUUUUAACCCUCGUCCUCUUUUUGUCUGAUUUCUAGGGAUGGGAUUUUCGAAUCUUGGAUUCGUCGAAUAUACCGAAUCCUAUGGAUUCGAGGAUUCGUAGGAUCCGAGGAGGGAUUCGAGGUGGGUUUUUAAGAGUUUUAGGUAGUAAUUGAAAUUAUAGUGCUGGGCAAAGUUCGAAAAUUUAGAACCGAACUGAACCCUUACGUUCGGUUCGGUUCGAAACCUCUUAAAAUAUAUUCGAAAAACCGUACGUUCGUUUAAAAAAAAUUACGUUUUUCUAAUUUUCUAACCCCCAUUUGAGACCAUUCACAAAACAGCACAACAAAAUUCCAUUACUUGUAAUAUUCCGACUUUUAUCGCAUAAUCGUCGCCUCAACAGUUUCAAGCGCAGACAAAGUAAAAAAAAAAUUAUUAAUCGUCGCAUAACUCGCAUAGCAUUUUUUUCAUAUAGGCGCGCUUUGUUUUUUGUUUACUUUAGAGAUUUUUGUAUGCAUUUCUCGUACUACGUAAUAUAAACUAUCGUACAAAUGCCAAAGGUAUUGUCUAUUAUAGCUUUAACUAUAGUGCGUGUACGAGAAGUAUUGUGAAAUCACCAAAGAUUGCGUACCCCAUACGUUAAACUAAAGCGCAUGUACGAGAACUCUCGUAUUUCGGCAAAACUAACGUGAUCAAGUUAACACAAGACAAAUGCGGUAGGAAAUGAUUACGUAAAUUACUGGGAUCUAUUUAUUUUCUUUGGCCUUUUUGGUUAUAACAGUCAGGUACUGAAAAUAAUAAUUUAAUCUUGUGUAUUAAAAGUACUGGCCAGUAAAUUUUACAGUACGGUACUAAGUUGACUAGCGUAGUCGCGGCAGCCAUCAUUAUUUCUCGUGUUUUCUUUUUUCCGACGCAAAUUUCUAUAACCACACUUCUUACGUUACGUUUACAAUAUUAUUGUUCUUGAGGUCAUUUGCGAUGAGCAGGUUUACGUCGUUUAAGUUUUCCAAAUGGAGAAAAUAUAAUGUCGACCCAUAUGACCCAGAACCACCCCAAAAAAUGUUUAAAGUUUCUUCUGACGAGCAGCAUUCUUCCAAGAAAACAGCAACUGCAGUCAGCGAGUUUUGUAAUGUAGAUAGGUAACUUAAUUCACAUUCGACUUUUUUUUAAUGUCCUAUUAAAAAGUUUUACUUAUUAAAAAUUUUAGGUUAUGUCUACCACAAAAAUAUGUUAUGUGGCCUUAUGCUGAAUGUUCGUCAUCUUUAUAAUAAUAUAUUUUUUUUAAAUGAAGGUUAGUGUACACUGAAAAAGGAAGAUAGUCUUUUUGAAAUUUAGAUGGAACUUAUUCAUGAAUUAAAAGAGAGAGAGAGAGAGAGAGAGAGAGAGUGUGUGUGUGUGUGUGUCUAUAUAUAUAUAAAGAAAUUAAAUGCAAAAUGAUUUUCUAUAAACUGUUUUAUUUCCUUCAUUAUUUAUUGCAUAAACUUUACUUAUAAAAUGUUUUGCAAUGUUUUAAUAAAGCUAACCUAUAUAAUGUUUUAAAUUUACAUAUGGCUGGAGAACCUUUCGUUCUCACCAUUCAGUGAGAGACCAAAAUGCUGGUGGCCGGUUCAUUUUAAUUGAAAACAAUUUCUGUAUGAGGUUCAGUUCGGCUCGAAAUUUUUUUCCUAUGGUUUGAUUCAUUUCGGUUCGGUUCGAAACCAGAGAACUGAGGUUCGUCCAGCUCUAGAAAAUUGUAUACCUAAACUAUAUUAUGAAGGUAUCGGAAAUAGCACAAACAUAAGAUAAACUAUGCUGCAUUUUGUUAAUUAGCAUAACUACUCAAUCAUUUCCAACAUUCAAUAAUAUAACAUUGCAAAAAAAACCUAACUUUUAUAAAAUGGUGUCUGUUAUACAAACGUAUUUUACUGAAAACAUAGGAAGGAUUAAUUUAACAGAGAAUUAGACAGAUGCAAACUUACGUGUGUAGUUUUUGAGGUUAUUUGUCUCUAUUUUAUAUCAGGUGUAUACACUAUGCACUUAUUUUAUAAUUUUAUAAAUACACAUGUGAUUUUUUUUAAUACAUAGGCCUAUGUAAUUUUUUAAAAUAAAUGUGUGAUUUUUUUUAAUAACAUGUGAAGUUUAGUGUGGGACUGGGAUUCGAGAUUCGAUAACAAACACUGAGGAUUCGAACAAGGAUUCGGAUUCGACCAAAAUGUGGAUUCGUCCCAUCCCUACUGAUUUCUAAUCUACUUUAUUAUUGUAGGAGGGAGUGAGGUGGUGGCAUUCUUGCACCCACUUUUCUCCCUCUCACCCCUACUGCUUUACGACCUCUCCUAAUAAUAAGACAGCCCUGUAUCCCUUCCCUGGUUCUUGUAUUAUUUUAAACCAGUCCUCUUCCAGAAUAGAAAAAAAAAAAAAAAAGGCAGCAAGCUACCCUUUCUUGUCAGUUUCUUUUAUAAAAACUAGCACGCACCACGUUACAGUCAGUGAGAAAUUUGUGCACGAACUGAAGAAUGUAAAUAGCCUGGCUUUGAAAUGUCACUUUCAAAGCGCCAAAGAUGGCUGUAGUUUUGUCAUGGAAUGUUGCAUUUGAAAGCUGAGGAAUCUCGUGCAAAAAGAAGAAGAAAAAAAUUAUGUUGGGUCACAGUUGCUUCUUAAACACCUGUCGAAACAGAC